AUGUCGUCAUUCUGCCCAUACACGGUCGCCAGCACGCAGCUCUUUGAUAGCCCAGUAUCAACAGCAGCCCCCUUGGGAAUGUUUGCCAAGGUUCAAAAUAAACUGCCAAGAGUUUCGUUUGAUACUGUAGGUGCAGAUGUCCCAAUAUCAACAAAUAAGUUCUAUUCGAACUUGUUUUUGGGAAAGAGGGAUAUGGGAGUAUGGACCAUUCCGUACAUGUUCUGGGUCCCCAGAGAUUCCGCCACGGCGAGUAACUUUGGGGCAAGUAUUUCUCAUGCCACCGAGGAUAAAAGAGGAGUUGGCGACAACCCAAAUGAUAACCCGAUCAGGUUCUAUAUCAACGCCCUGGGAAUUAAUUCCGUCACCUUUGGUGCUCAAGAGUUCUCUUUCUCGAGAUCUACUACGACUCUGAGUAACCCAACACAUGUCUCUGUCGAACUCAAUCUUCAUGCAGAUGUCUCCCAGUAUGGCCUUGAUACUAAAAGGCUCCAAAUGCCCUUAUACCAAGGCAUGGGCUUCAUCACUGGACGAUAUAAGGAUCUUACCCCCAAACUCACUACCGGGGUAUUGUACAGAAAAUUCGAGGAAAUGCAGUCGCCGCGGUCUGGUCUUCAAAAAUGGAGGAUCACCGAAGAAGAUAACAGUAUCUGGCUUCUCUACGCCUAUAGUGAAACCGGCACCCAGUUGAACCUAUCUUUGAGAAGUAAUAGUGAAAUCUCUGCAUCGUCUUCUUUCACGGGUUUUAUACAGAUCUCAAAGCUCAGCAAAGACGGUACGCAGAACGCUGGUCUCGAAGGAGUCAUUGAUGCCACUGCCGGCGCCUUCCCCAUAGGCAUGGAGAUCUCCGGAGUAGCCGAAGGGACUGUUGGGACAUACAACUUCAAGUGGACCCGUUACGGGUCAAACAAUGCAAAUGGUUUAUUGACAUAUGCGUUGAAACAUCAUCUUGACUCCGAGGUCACUGCCAGGAGAACUGGGUUGCAAUUGAACAGCCCAACGAAAGGAAAUGCAGAGGCGCUGAUUGGAGAUAGUUGGACCUUGGUGGAGCCGAGCAUGCCAACCAAUACUGGAUUCUUUUGGGGAACACCAUUCACCGCUGCUCAGAUUGCGGUGAUUAAACCGAUACUAGAGCAGGAGUUGGCGCAGGACAUGGGGGGACAAACAUACCUGAACAGUAUGUAUUUUAGUGGAAAGGGUUUUCAAAAGUUCGCGCAGCUGCUUAUUGUGGCCGCACGUAUCGGCCAACAGGAUUUGGCAAGAAGGGGAUUGGAAAGGCUGAAAGCAGCUUUUCAGCCCUUUUUGACAAACAAGCAACAAUUUCCGUUAGUUUAUGACCUUACUUGGAGAGGGGUUAUUUCAGGUGCGAUGUUCACCAACGGUGAUGCUAUGUCGGAUUUUGGAAACGGUUACUAUAAUGAUCAUCACUUCCAUUGGUCUUACUUCCUAUUCACCGGUGCUGCGAUUGGGCAACUAGACAAGGAAUUGAACAAUAACCAGGCCUGGCUUCAAACCAACAGACCCUGGUUCGAAACUCUACUUAGAGAUAUGGCAAAUCCGUCCUCAUCUGAUCCAUGGUAUCCUGUUUCCCGAGCCUUCGACUGGUACAACGGUCAUUCUUGGGCUAAAGGCCUCUUCGAGUCUGCCGACGGAAAGGACCAAGAAUCUACCUCUGAGGAUAUGAAUUGCGGCUACGCUAUCAAACUGUGGGGCAAUGUAGUCGGUGAUGCAAAGAUCGAAGGGAGAGGAAACCUCAUGAUGGCAUUGAUGAAACGGAGUUUCAAUGAGUAUUUUCUGCUGAAAGCCGGGAACAAGGCGCAUCCGUGGAACUUUAUUGCGAAUAAGGUUACCGGAAUUUUAUUCGAAAAUAAAGUGGACCACUCCACCUACUUUGGUGCCAAAAUUGAAUACAUACAAGGAAUCCAUAUGAUCCCCCUGACCCCCGCAUCUGCCUACUACAGAGACGCCCAGUUCUGCCGUGAAGAGUGGGACCAGUGGUUCUCGAACAGGACAGCAGGCAUUAACGAUGGCUGGAAGGGCAUAUUAUAUGCAAACGUUGCACUGUUCCAGCCACAAAGUAGUUGGCUAUUUUUUGCACAGGAGGGGUUUAAGAAUGAGUGGUUGGACGGGGGCGCGAGUAGAAGCUGGUAUUUGGCGCAAGCGGCUGGACUCGGUGGGGGACCAACGCAGGCAUAUGGAUAUCAAUGA